AUGAAGACUUUCGCGACACUCGGCGCCCUAGCAGCGCUCUUUCGGCAAGCAGCUGCCAAUCUCGACGUCGUUACUCUGUUCGCCAAAGCCGACGCUUACAUCCAAGAAGCUUCCGCGACACUUGUGCUAGGAGAUAUUCCCAACCCCAUCACUGGAGAUGUUGCUCUUUGGAGUGCCAUCAUGAUGCAAAACCAAGACUCUUUCUUGCAAGGCGUUACCCAGAACUCUCCUGAAGGACUCGGGUAUUGCUCGAACCUUGGCAACAAGUGGUGCAGCUUUGCGUAUGCGCUCAUCAAUGGCAGCUCUCAGGCCAAGAAUGGGACCCCAGUCAAGGCCUCUCCCGGAUCCCGAGUUACGACUCAUUACAAGCUCAACUCGCAAACGCAAAUGUGGGAUCAAAACGUGUACAUCGACGACGAGCUCGUUUCCACCGUCUCCACCAGCAAGGGACAGCAUGGAGGGAUCUUCUACAUUUCCAUGGAGUGUGCAGCAGGCACUUGCUCCGCCACUCCAGCUCAUAGCUGGGAGGACGUUUCUAUCACCCUGAGCCAGGCUGACGAGAGCUUCGGCCAUAAUGGAGGAUGGGAGCAGGGUGCUACUGGUGGAGAGAUGUCGACUUCGGAUGGUGGAAAGACCUGGAAGUUCACCACUCUUGAGAUUCCUGCUACUGACGUCCCGCGAAGCUAG